GAACAUAAAAUAAAGUUACUCGUUAUGAAAUUUGUCUGUUUCACGGUGUUUUUAAUAGUAACACUUCUGCCUUUAGGCCAAUGUGAUCAAUUCGAUAUAUUCUGGAAACGAAACUUCUUACCUGCUAUAUUUUCUGGACCAUCAAAUUGUUCGAUUACAGCAUGUGAAGCUUUGAAAAUCAUAGUACAGUUGUUUGUGGUUUCAAAGGAAUCCAAAUCAGGCAAAGAUCAAACGCCAAAGAAAGACACCAACAUGGCAGCGGAUAUGGGAGUUUUUAACUUAGAAAAUGAUCUUCACAAACGAAUUCGACAGAUUGAAAGUCGGUUACGUUCGGUUGAACAACCAGUUUGGAAACUGACUCCGGGAAGUAAGAACGAAUGGAAUCUUUGUACGUCGGGUAUAUGUCGGUGUAAUCCUGAUACAAAAAGUUUUACUUGUUGGAAUACGAAUUUGAAAUCAGUGCCGGCUACACAAGUCAUUCCCAUGAAUAUGGUUUUUAUAGAUUUGUCAAGGAAUUCUCUUUCAACUCUACACAAGGACACAUUUAGGGGACUGACUUUACUGGAAGAAUUGGAUCUUUCUAGUAAUUUCCUGGACUUCAUCCCUUACGAUUUAUUUCGGGAUCUAGACAGUUUGAUUCAAUUACGAAUUCAAAGCAACCAAUUGGAAGAACUAGAUCAUAGAACAUUAUGGAAACUUCGCAAUUUAAUUCUCUUAGAUAUAAGUAAAAAUGUUCUAUCUGAUGUACCAGAAGAUUUACUAAAUCAUAUGCAACGAUUGACGGUUAUUAAUUUAUCAGACAAUCGGAUAAAACAUUUUCCACCAGAAUUAUUAAGGGACCAGCUUGUAUUGGAGGAAUUGGAUUUGUCAAAAAAUGAAAUUGAAGUCUUAAAGGCAAAUAGUUUGAAGGACCUAGACAAGUUGACAAUAUUGGAUUUGUCCUGGAACAUGAUAUCCAAUAUAUCAGAUGAGUUUUUCAUUGGAGCCAAGAGCCUUAAAACAUUAAUACUCCAUAGUAAUCGUUUGACUGCAAUUUCAAGGAAGACAUUUGAGUAUUUACCUGAGUUGAUCACUUUGGACUUAACUAUGAAUCGAAUUAGUAGUAUCGAUUCCAGAGCAUUCACGGAGCUCGUCAGUUUGCGAGAGUUAUUUUUGGGACAGAAUUCCCUUUCCCACAUUCCGGACGGGUUAUUUUUGCACACAGUAUCUCUUACACGUUUGACAUUGUUCUCCAACAAUCUAACCACACUUGAAGAAAGUAAUUUCCAAGGUCUUACGAAUUUGGUAAACCUUAUGCUAAAUAAUAAUAUCCUCAAAAGUUUUACGCCCAAAGUUUUUCAUCCUUUAGUAAAUCUAGAGAAAUUACGUAUUGAUUCGAACAAACUGCAAUUCUUACCACAUGGCUCAUUUGAUGGACUCCAUAAUUUGGUGGCUGUAAAAUUAGACAAGAAUCCGUGGCAUUGUGAUUGUCGGGCUUUGUAUCUGGCUCGUUGGAUACGUGAAUCUGGUCCUAAACUUUGGGAUGGACAACCGAUGUGUCGAGGACCUGGUGAUUUGGGCGGUCAUGAAGUCGGUCGUCUUCGUUAUGACGAUCUUUGUGAUGGACAGUGGGCUAGUAUGUUGUCAUUGUCGCCUCGUUUGCCAGUUCGAAAGCAUCGCAUUUUGACACCAAUGAACUAUACAGAUUAUUUUAAUUUAUAUUUAAAACAUAUUUAUACAUCGACAUCGGAAAAAUCGACAAAUUUGUCUACAACAACAGUAUCAAGUCGGUUUGUUGCUGAAUCUUAAAGUGUGUUAUUUUAUUUAGUCUUUAUUUGGUGUCAAUAAUAAUUUUUAAUAAGAUGAUCUUAUAUUCUAUUAACAGA